UCCCCUGCUCGGUGGUUCCGUCUUCUACCGGAAGAGUCGGUGUUUACUGGGCAGCUUUCGCUCCACGUUAGCAUCGUUGAUUCGCCAAGAAGUUAAUAGGAAUAUAUCCGACGCCGUUUUUAAACUAGCAAUUGAGUCAUAUUGGGGGAAAAAAACAAAAAAACAGGAUUAGCCACGCCGCGUUUAGCAUGUUUAUUUGAAGGCGGGAUGAGCUACUGACACGCAAAGCAAUGACGAGCUGGCUAACGUAGCUAACAACACAGCGUUAGUUCAAACCCAGCAGCGGUGCGUCCACGACAGGGAGACAGGGAUAAGCUCGGCCAUGGGUGCGGAGAGCAGCGCGGUGCGCAGCUUCACCCUGGAGGAGCCGCUCCUCACCCUGCCCUCCGGACUCACCAUGUACUCGGCGAUGCUCCAGGGCGGUAAGCCUGCUUCGGUGUUUGUCCACAAGCGGGGCAAUGAGGACAAAGUCAACAAAGCUGCUAAGCACCUGAAGACUUUGAGGCACCCAUGUCUGCUGCGCUUCCUGUCCUGCUCAGUGCAGGACGGCGACAUCCACCUGGUGACGGAGCGCGUACAGCCCCUGGAACUGCUGCUGGACAGUCUCUCACCAGAGGAGAUCUGCGCGGGCAUCUACGACCUCCUGCAGGCCCUCGUGUUUCUGCAUGAGAGGGGCAAAUCGAGCCACAACAACGUCUGCAUUUCAUCUGUAUUCGUCGGUGAAGAUGGUCAUUGGAAACUGGGAGGGAUGGAGACUGUCUGCAAGUUCACUGAAGCUACGCCUGAGUUUCUUGCAAGCGUUCAGAACGUGAGAGAAGCCAGCUGCGUUCCUCCAGAAGAACAGGUUGAGGGCUUUAAAAUGCUUCCGGAUAAAAAUGCUCACUCUCGGGACUGUUACUCCUUUGGAGUGAUGGUGGAGACCCUCAUCUCUCUCCUGAACAGCUAUGGGUCACAGGAGCUGUCUGACAGUCUCACGAAGACCCUGCAGGCGGGCCUGCUGAACUCUGACCCCUUGUCUCGACCCCCACUCAGCUCCCUGCUGACUCAUGACUUUUUCAGGAGUGACUUUCUGGAAGUGAGGGAUUUUCUAAAGAGCCUGACAUUGAAGAUCGAAGAAGAAAAGAAUGAAUUCUUUAAGUUUCUUCUAGACCGGGUCCAGAGUCUCCCUGAAGAGCUGAUAGCUUCACGCCUGGUCCCCAAACUCCUCAACUCUAUUGUAUUUGCUGAACCCAUGGCUGUCAAAAGCUUCCUGCCUCAUCUUCUAAGGCCAAAGAAAGAAUCCAGUGGUGGUGGUAACGAUGAAGAAUGCCUGCUCUCUGUGCCCCUGUACCGUAAAUAUGUGAUUCCUCAGCUUCUCAAGCUCUUCAAGUUCAAUGAGGAACACACCCGGAUCGUUCUGCUGGCUCACAUGCACAUCUACGCUGAGUUCUUCUCCCACGAUGAACUCAAAAACCAGAUCCUGCCUCAGGUUUUGUUAGGAAUGAGAGACACCAGUGAUUCUCUGGUUGCCAUGACUCUGCAGAGUCUGGCGGUGUUGGUGCCGUUACUGGGGGCUCAGGUGGUGGUUGGUGGAGAGAGAACCAAGGUUUUCAAACGCACCACACCCAACUUCACCAGGUCUACAGAGGUCACCCCUGAAACUUCACCUGUCCAUAUAGUUGGAGGCUCCCACCUUCAGUUGGCCCAACCUUCAAAAGUCUUGAAUAUGUUUCCCAGACCACCAGGGACUGAAGGCCUGGUCCAGGGUCACAUUGGUAGCUUAGCAGGUAGUAAGGAGACUCCACAAAGUUACCCGCUGCCAUUAAAAUCAGAUGUCAGUAGACAGAUGUCGCUCCCUUUAAAUGGCUUUCGUCCGGACAGUGAGAUGGAGCCGCUGUCUUACAGCCCAGAGCAGACUGACAGACCAGAAGGUCCAGUGGAGGACUGGCCUGACUGGAGCGACCCCGAAGAGCACAAGAACAGAGAUGGACAGUCGGUCCAGAUCCACAUUCAGGCCUCGGAGAGAGAAGAUCCAGUUGGCAGCGGACUGCCGAUCUCGCACCCGAACAUAGAAGAGGAGCCGUGGGACGACUUUGAGGACACCGAACCCACCUCAGAUCUUUCCCCUACAGCUCCUUUAUCAGACCCAGUUAUACUCACACCACCCAGAGGGGGCGCUACUACACCCGUUAAUCAUGCUCCUGAAGCACUCAGACAUGGUUCCUCCAAACCCCUCAAAUUGACCUCAGCACUGCGACAAUCCACACAGAGCAAGACGGCUUCCUCAUCGGAGGACGGCUGGGCUCAAGAAGAGAGAGACUCGGAGAACUCGCACAACCCUUUAAACCCCAAGACCAAACCCAGAGUGCAUCGAAAUAAUGGGGGCAGAGGAGGUCUGGGGGAGGAGUUCACCAUCAAGGUGAAGAGAAAGGAACAGCCGGACCCAGAGCUGGAUCUGUUUGCAGACAUGGUGCCGGACAUCAAACUGUCCUCUCCAGCUCUGCUGCUACUGGACGAGAGCGGUGCGAGUGAUGCUGGACCAUCGACAGCCUCUUCAGAAAACACAAGGUCUCUGCAGGUCAACUCAUCCAAGUUCACCGCCAAGUUCGCUGUUGACAACCUGACUGAGACUGAAACAGAUGGCUGGGGUGAUGGAGAUGACCUGAACUGGGAGGAUGAGAAUUCCUGGUGAUGACAUUUGAUUCGUCUGCUUCAUCUGGAGCAAAAUAACUCCACCACCCAGACUCAAAUCCUUGAGAUGCUCCACAGAGACAUUCAGACAUUUAAGAUCAAAGUUACUCCUGUUUUCAUUUAAUAGCAUGAUGCAGAAAGUGAUAAUGAUGGACUGAGAUUUUGUAUAACCUAUUCUGGUGGUUCUUGGACAUUAUCAUUAUCUUUUUGUAAAGAUAACUUGCUUUUGAACUGGAAGGAUUUGAAGUUGAUCAGCAGAUGGUGUAAUACUUGGGUAAAUUAAGCCAUUUUCCUGUUUGCCAACUGGUCCUGAAAGAGGAUCCUAAUCAGAGGUGACUGUCAUGUUGGUAUCAUCUGCUUCUUCAUAUUUUUAUAAAUGUGCCAACUUCACUACUGGCAUGAAAAUCAAUAUACUUUUAAGCAAGACAUAACUUGCCAAAAUUGUGUCAGGUUUGAUUUACAGAAGGGUUGCGCUUUGAAUGAAUGUGAAAUAGAAAUUACGUAAUUUAUUAGCUUUUGGUUGCUGGUGAAGUAAAGACUUUAUUGUAUAAAAUAUGACCCUGAUUAUUUUGUUUUUAUAAGACAUUUGUUGGAUAUAUCUUAUAAAGUUAUUGCAAUUGUUUAGUGCUACUGACCGCAAGUACUGAACUUGGACUUUCAUAAAACACGCCUCUAGCCAAUGUGGAACUCAAUACAGGAACUUUGUAUGGCUCAAUUUUGAUAACUUACCAAGUAAAGACUCCUGUUGGACUCAAUGCUAUAAAAAAAAGAACAA